AUGCCUCGAGGAAAAACUAAGAGACCUAAUAAUAGUCGAACUAGUGGUGUUAUGAACUGUCAGUCUACAAGUUCUAGGAAUGGCAUGACUACUAGUCAUGCUCGAGGUGGUAUGACUCGUCAAAUUACAAGAUUUAUAAAACAAUCUGAGGAUCACGAAGAUGAUGUUUACGAAGACUAUAAUUACAAAGAUUACAUAGAUGUUGAUCAAGAUAAAGAUGUUCAGGAAUCUUUCUCCUCUGUUACAACUCGUCAAACCAUAAAUCAAAGAAUUUUACCUACUGCAAAUGCAAAUCAAGUAACCAAUACUACACAAGAAAAUACUCAAGAUUCUUUAAGUUUUCCUGUUACAACCUAUAGUAGAAAUCGAAGUAUAGAUAAAGAAUUUUCUUCCAAACAUCAUAAUAAAAGAUCUCAUAUUGAUGAUCUCAGUAAGACAUUAUUUGAAGUUUUUAAUGAUUACUCCGAUAUUCAUCAAGAUUCUAGUAAUUUUGUAAAGCAAAAAUUUAUUUUAUGCUACAAACCUUUGGAACAAAAAGAGUCACUAAGCGAGAUUCAACCAGAUUUAAACAAGCAAAUUGCUCAAAAAGAUAUCAAUGAAGCAAAGAUUUUAUUUUUGAGAUCACGUGAUUCUUCAACUAUUGCAUACGAUACAUUGUUGAAAUCAAUAGCUCUAGGAUUUUCUGAAAAUAGUAAGACAAUGUCCUUUCUUAAAAUGAAAUUAGAUUUAUAUUUUGCAGUUCACCGGUCCCGUUUAAACACUGAAGCUAAGGAUGAUACUGAUAGUGUGGAUGUUUUUAGAUUUUUCAUCACAACAACCAUAAGAAUUCAUAUUAUUAACGUUCUAAAAUGCAAUGAUGAUCCUCACCUUACUAAGAUAUCAGCACUAAAUAAGGUCAAGACGCUUAAUUACAUAAUCUGCGAAUUUCAUCUUCCUCAUAAUAAUUCUACAAAUUAUGCAAAUGAAAUUGAUGCUAAUUUAUUAAAUAAUUCUUUAGUCAAGACCAAAUCCAUGGUUGUAAACGUAAGUGUGGUCGUGUAUGUGAACAUGGUGGAGAUUUCAGAAGAAAUAGUAGAUAAAG